UCGUCUUGACGAACUUCUCCAAGUACGUCUUCUCCCACGUCAUUAUAUACACGCUGACAGCACGCGCAUCGUGUUAGGAGGCAGACAGGCAACUUGAUUUCAAUUAUGCAGAUGAAGACAUCGACUCCCUCAAGCAACAAAUGAAGGUUCCCGUCUCUAUGGUUAGCAUAGCGUCUCCUUCUAUCCGUACGUCGUUUACAGUGAUCUUUCCUGCGACCUCCUGAAGUGUUUCAGAACAAUCUUCUCCAGUUGGCCGACCAAUGUCCCCGGCUUCCUCCGUACUCAGUGACGAGCCUCCAGGCCCUCCACCUCCAAAGCGUAGACGACUGACCUCCUCUUCACUCAGCGAUGCAGAAGGAGAAGAUGAUGAUGAAGAUGAUGACGACGAUGACAAACCUUUAGCCGCUCAAGUUGCAGAUUCGAAUGCAGCCACUGGAAUGACUUCCAGGAAGGCUGUGACGCAGAGAAGCGGAAAGAAGACCUCCAGUAUGAAGUCAAAAACGCAGAAAGCUCCCACAGGAGACAAAAGGCCAGAGAAAAAUGGCGUUGCCAAUGGUCGCAACCCGGAUCUGAAAGUAAAGGUUGAAGACAAGAUGGACGAGGGUCAACUUACACGCCUUGCGACUGGUGUUACGGUAGACACGGUGCCAGCAUCCUCCGCUGUACCUUCCCACAAGCCCGAAAAAGCUGCUUUUGUGGAGCUGCGCAAGGGGAUUAUUGAAAUAACUGCAGUGGAGAAUGACCGACAGCCGCGCUCUACGGUUAUUCUCACUGGUCUAAAGACCUUGUUCCAAACACAGUUGCCUAUGAUGCCGCGCGAGUACAUUGCGCGUCUAGUCUAUGACCACAACUCGAAAGCACUUGCGAUCAUCAAAAAUGGUUAUAAGGUCGUAGGUGGUAUUUGCUACAGACCUUUCCCACACCGUGGAUUUGCGGAGAUCGUCUUCUUUGCUACUGCAUCUGUGGACCAAGUGAAGGGCUACGGUGGCAUGCUCAUGGAUAACUUCAAACAACACAUCAAACGUACAUACCCCGAUGUGAUGCACUUCCUCACCUACGCCGACAAUUUUGCUGUAGUAUUCUUCAAGAAGCAAGGCUUCUCGAAGGAGAUCACACUUGAUCGCUCUGUGUGGGCUGGGUACAUCAAAGAUUACGAGGGCGGGACAAUCAUGCAAUGCACCAUGCUGCGCAAGGUCAACUAUCUUGACAAAGUCAGCAUCAUCUCUCAGCAGCGGGAAGCGAUCCUCACCAAGAUCCGCGAGAUGUCGAAAUCGCACAUCGUGUAUCAGGGUCUUUCGCAAUUCCAAGAAGGUGCUCUGGAAGGGAUCACAGUGGAUCCUAAGGAAGUCCCAGGGCUAAGAGAGAGCGGUUGGACGCCUGGCAUUGAACACAGCACACGCUCCGGGAAAAGCGCCGAGCACACACAAAUUCAGCGCCUCCUCUCCGAUCUCAAAGCCCAUCCCUUAGCUUGGGCUUUCUUAAACCCAGUCAAUGCCGAUGAGGUCCCAGAUUAUUACGGUGUCAUCAAGAGACCUAUGGAUUUCAGCACGAUGGAGCACAAAUUGGAAACCAACCAGUACUCCUCGCUGAAAUUUUUUCUCGACGAUGUUCAACUGGUGGUCGAUAAUUGCAAGCUGUACAACCCCGAAACAUCGAUAUACCAUAGGAACGCAGUGAAGCUUGAGAAAUUCAUGAAAGAACAAUGUACAGAAUAUGCAAAGCGAGGGUCCUAAGGACAGUUGUCUUGUUAUAUUAUCUUUAUUGGUUCGCAUCUGUAUUGUUUACUAGGGGUUACCAUACUUGUAUCAUAUACGUUUCUUUCCGCU